ACUUUUCUCCUCCUUCUUUUCUGUUCCCUCCAGCAGUUUCCUCUCUGGGGCAAGGGGUUUUCCUAGCCAAGGUUGCCCAGUGCUUGGCUUCAGUGCCAAGGGGGUCAAAGCAAUGCCAACUUAGAGGCAAAGAGGAGAAAAAGUCCCCCUCCCAGGCCAGGCAAGGAGGAGAGAUCCGCCCUGGGCAAGAAGGAGGAAGAAAGGAGGAAGAGGGAAAAGAAACAAAGAAACCAAGGAAGGAAGGAAAGAAACAAAGAAACCAAGCAAGGAAGCCAGGAUCGCCUGGGCAGAGAAUAAAUAAAGAAGAUUGCAACCUCUGAUCUUGCAUCUCAGCCCCAGCUGAACCUCUCCUGUCUCUCAAAGGCACCACAUCCUAAGGAAAAUGUACUUUCAGCUGUUGAUUUUAAGGCUUGCACUAUCAGCUCUGGCUGGUGCUCUUGAAAUCACAGUCCCCAAUGACCCUGUGGUUGCCCUCUUUGGCCACGAUGCCACUUUACGCUGCUCCUUCUACCCGGAUGCCAACUUUAGCCUGGAUGACCUGAGCCUCAUCUGGCAGCUGACGGACACCAAACGCUUGGUGCACAGCUUUGCGGAGGGUCAGGACCAGCUCUCCAACCAAGAGAGCAGCUACUCCAACCGGACGGCCCUUUUCUACAACCAGUUGCCUCGGGGAAAUGUUUCCUUGCUGCUUCGGCAUGUACGGAUUUCCGAUGAGGGGAGCUUCACUUGUUUUGUCCGGGUCCAGGACUACAGCAGUGCUGCUGUAAUACUACAGGUAGCAGCCUUAUACUCCCAGCCCAAUUUGAACAUGGAACCCAACAAGAACCUGAAGCCCGGAGACCUGGUCACAGUGACAUGCCACACUUUUUCCGGUUACCCUGAGGCGACAGUCCUUUGGCAGGAUGGCCAAGGGAACAACAUCACGGAGAACAUCACCACCUCACAGGUGGCCAAUGAGGAAGGCCUUUUUGAUGUGAGGAGCAUCUUACGGGUGGUACUUGAACCCAACAGCACAUAUAGUUGCUUGGUGAAGAACCCCUUGCUACAGCAGCUGACACAUGCCUCGGUCACCAUCACAGGCCAGCACCUGCUCUUUCCAGCUGUGGCUCUCUGGGUAACUGUAGGCUUGGCCAUUUGUCUUGUUGUCCUCUUGAUCGCCUUGGCCUAUGUGUGUCAGAAGAAAAUACGCCAGAGCUGUAAAGAAGAGAAGGAAAAUGCUGGGAUAGAGGAACAAGAUGAAGGAGAUGGAUCCAAAACAGCUCUGCAGCCUCUGAAGAGUGUGGACAUCAAAGAAGACAUGGGAGAGGAAAUUGACUGACAAGAACAGCAGAAGAUCAAUGAUAUUAUCUUGGAGACAAAUCAGGUUCUGCCCUAUGGACUCUUCUUUCAGCAAUGGACUGUCGAAAACAUGGGAGAGCCUUGCACAGACCUCUCUCAGCUUCAGCUUGCUGGAUUCAGUCACCCCAUUUCCCCCUUAUUCAUAUUCCUAAAUAUAGACUCUGGACAGUUCUGGUUGUAUCAGCUUGGGACUCCCAUCAUGGACUUAGAAUCAGGGAAGACUCCAGUGUGCUUUUUAGCUGAUUCCUUCCUUCUGUUACCCCCACCCAGAGUUGGGACACAGAAAGUCCCUCUUUGCAGAUUUGGUGCCAUGCUGUUAGUGUGGGCACAUAAAUAGCAGCAAUUUUGGACAUACUGUUCAAGGAGAUGAGGCAUUGUGGGCCAGCGGGUUGCUCUCCACAACUGUCAUGCCAAGGAACACAGUGGUUGGAACUGCUUCAGCAUUUGUUGGAUUUGUGUGUAGAGAUUUCCACCUCUCCAAACUAGUAUGACUUGAAUCCCUCCCCCUUCCUUGAAGGCUGAGAUGGGUACUUUCCCCACAUAGCUACCUUUUAUAACAUAGCCACAAGUGUUUCCAAAAAAAAAACCCUGCAGCCCAUUUCACUGGCUGAGGCUAAGAGCAAGAUGCUGAGCCCCUGCUUCCUUGUACAAAAGACAACUAGACUUCCAACAUCGGAGAUGAUGGAACAACAUCCUCUACUAUAUCUGAAAGCAGCAAUUGAGCUUACGUGAUGCUUGAGUACAUGGCUUUUCCUUCUAACAGUUUGCUGCUGCCUCCCACCUUUGCCAUCUGAAGCAGCUGCCUCACUUUAUUUAAUGGUAGGGCUGGCCCUUCCAGAAACUAGGAAAAAUCCAUAGCUCAAUGGCAGGGUGGCAGACUUUUCAGGCAGAAGAUCUCAAAUUCAGUUCAUGAUGACUAGGAUUCCAUUGGUGUAUAUGUGCCUUCAAGUUGUCUAUUAUGGCAACCCCAUGAAUUUCAUAAAGUUUUUUUUGGCCAGUG